CUGCGGCCGGACAUGAGUAGUACUAUAUCUUUCCCGUCAACCAGCGAGCCGCGUCGUCAAUCUCGUUCUCCAGCCAGAUCCAUUCCAUCCAGGACUUCAACAGUUCUUCAGUCGAUCCAGGACUUUAGCAGUUCUUCGAUUGAUCAUCAGGUGCAACGACAAGGGAGUUUACACUCGAGUUGUUGAGACAAAUUACAGAUAAUUUUUCUGAGAAGCACGAAAUUGGUCGUGGUGGGUUCGGAAUAGUCUACAAGGGAGUACUGGAUGAUGGGGAAGAGAUUGCUAUCAAAAAGCUUCACUGCGUGCCGGGGCUUGAUGACACACAAUUUAGGAAUGAGUUUAAUAACCUUAUGACAGCCCAACAUCCAAAUAUUACCCGGUUGAUUGGCUACUGUUAUUAUCUAGGACAUCAACGCAUUAAGUACAAUGAUGAAUAUGUUUUUGCCCAUGUGGUAGAAAAAUUUCUGUGCUUUGAAUACUUGAAGAGUGGAAGCCUUGACAAGCAUAUUUCUGAUGAAUCAUGCGGACUAGAUUGGCACACACGCUUCAAAAUUAUUAAGGGAGUUAGUGAGGGCUUAAAUUACCUUCAUAAUGGAUGCAAAGAUUCUAUUUACCAUCUUGACUUGAAACCUGGAAAUAUAUUGCUGGACAAGAACAUGGUCCCAAAAAUUGGAGAUUUUGGUCUGUCAAGACUUUUCCAAUCAGAAAAAACCCAUAUCACAAGCAAAUUUGUGGGAACAGUUGGAUACAUGCCACCAGAAUACAUCAAUAGAGGCGCAAUCACAACGAAGUUUGACGUAUUCAGUUUGGGUGUUAUAAUCGUUCGGAUAGUGGCAGGUCAUGAGGGCUAUUCCAGAUGUGAACAAAUGUCCCCUCAAGAAUUUAUUGAGCAUGUACAUGAAAACUGGAGAAAACGGCUGCAGGAAACAAUGUCAUCGUACACAUCAGAGCAAGUUAAAACAUGCAUUGAAAUAGCUUUAAGGUGUGUGGAGUUUGACCGAGAGAAAAGGCCUACCAUAGCGGAUAUUGUGGAUGAAUUGAAUAAGAUUGAGGAUGCUGGAAGUUCAGCUAUAGGCAAGAUCUCAGAAGAAACUGAGCACUCCCCGGAAAAACAACUUGCGAUUGAAGAACAAAAAAUAGAGUGUACAAAAGAGCAUACCAGCAGAUACGCGAGAACAAAUCGCAUUUCCACUCUCGUGAAGUAUCAUGCAGCAGAGUCAAUUGGUUUCGUAAUUGGUGCCAUGGUCUCCUUCUCUCUGACCCCCAAGCUGGUCGAGCUCCCCAGCGACAAGUACAACUUGCAUGUAAACUGCAAGAAAGAGGUAGAGUACCUCUACAAAGAGUUGGUGCGCAUGCAAGCUGGCCGGCACGACCUGGCCGAGGUGUCGCGGGACCAGCUAGAUGAGGUCGUGAAGCUCUGGGCCGAGGAAGUGAAGGACCUCUCAUAUCAAGAGGAGAAUACCAUUGACCUGGAUGAGGUGCCACAGGACCAGUUGAAUGGUGUUGUUAAGCUCUGGGCCGAGGAAGUAAAGGACCUCUUAUAUCAAGAGGAGAACACCGUUGACCUAGAUGAGGUGCCGCGGGACCAGCUGAAUGAUGUUGUUAAGCUCUGGGCCGAGGAAGUAAAGGACCUCUCAUAUCAAGAGGAGAAUACCAUUGACCUUGACGAGGUGCAGCGGGACCAGCUGAAUGGUGUUGGUAAGCUCUGGGCGAAGGAAGUAAAGGACCUCUCAUAUCAAGAGGAGAAUACCGUUGACCUGGACGAGGUGCCACGGGACCAGCUGCAUGGUGUUGUUAAGCUCUGGGCCGAGGAAGUAAAGGGCCUAUCAUAUCAGGAGGAGAAUACCGUUGAUCUGGCCGAGGUGCCGCGGGGCCAGCUGGAUCAGGGGGAGAAUACCGUUGAUUCCUUUAUGGUGUGCUUACCUCGCACGUCUCUGUCACGCCUGUGAUGGUGGGUAGCACCUCCACAACUCUUUUUUUAGACAAAGCAUCUCAACAACUACUACACCCUCUACAUGACUCAAGGCUGGCCCAUCGUGAGCAGCCCGUGGGCCAGCACAGCUACGGAGGAGUCCCCACGUUCGGGAAACCCACCAAGAAGGCUUGACCACCUGCGUGUGGAUUGGGGCCCAGCCCAUGUAAUGCUUGCUUACUUAUAGCCGCCACCCCGUGUAGAGGGAUCGGCAUCUAUGAACCCUAACCUAAAUCCCCACUAUUCUUCCCCAAAACAUUCCUCCAUCUCUCUCUCUAGACUUCUAUUCUGUAUGCAAUUCCUCUUCCAGCAAUACAAAUUAGUAGUGGGGUGUUAAAAUUGGUAUCUA